CACGGGCAAAGAUGCAUGCAUACACGAAUCACGCUAUCUCUUUAAGAGCAGGGCGAAUAGUCGAUUGCCGAACGUGGAGUAGGAGAGAUUACUGCUUCAGACUGCUGCUACAUCAUCUCCGUUGAUUCAGAGGAUUCCCUCUCCGGCGUUGCAGCUAGUGCACGAUUAACCUAGCACAGCGGCAUGGAUUUUAACGUGAAAAAACUGGCUUCUGAUGCGGGGGUCUUCUUCACCAGAGCUGUGCAGUUCACAGAGGAGAAGUUGGGCCAGGCUGAGAAGACUGAGCUGGAUCCUCAUCUUGAGAACCUGAUCACUCGGGCGGACUGCACAAAGAACUGGACUGAAAAAAUCUUGAGGCAAACAGAGGUGCUCCUGCAGCCAAACCCAAUUGACCACACUGGUGCUCGAAUAGAGGAGUUCAUCUAUGACAAACUGGAGAAAAAGCUUCCUUCCAGGACAACCAAUGCAGAGUUGCUUGGCCAAUACAUGCUGGAUGCUGCCAAUGAAUUUGGCUCUGGGACACCUUACGGCAGUACCCUGAUUACGGUCGGAGAAUACCAGAAAAGACUGGGAACAGCCGAGCGAGAGUUCCUUCAAACCUCUGCCACGACGUUCCUAACGCCCUUACGCAACUUUCUGGAAGGAGACUGGAGGACUAUAUCAAAAGAGAAACGACUUCUGGAGAAUCGCCGGCUAGAUCUUGAUAUCUGCAAAGCACGCUUGAAAAAAGCCAAGCAGGCAGAAGCCAAAGCAGCAGCUGCACCUGAUUUUCAGGAGACAAGGCCACGAAAUUAUGUGCUUUCUGCCAGUGCGUCAGCGUGGUCGGAUAUGGAGGCGGAGCCUAGUAUAGCCGAGCAAAGAAAGCUGCUGAGUGAGGAAGUGGACAAAGCAGAGCACGAGCUCCGUGUCGCGCAGACUGAGUUCGACCGUCAAGCUGAAGUCACCAGACUGCUGCUGGAGGGAAUCAGUAGCACACAUCUGAACCACCAGCGUUGUUUGCAGGAUUUUGCAGAAGCUCAGGCCACUUACUAUGCUCAGUGUCAUCACUACAUGCAUGAACUCCAGAGGGAACUCAACAGAUCCACUAAUGCAGUUAGCGCACCGCACCAGUCUGCAGUCUGUCCCAACCCUGUGUCCGCCGCUUUCCCACCUGGCACCACUGUCUCCGACUCCUCCAGCAAUAAACCCAAAACAAUGGCGAUAGAGCAAACACAGCUCCCAAUUACGGGCACCAGAAAAGCCAAAGUGCUGUACGACUACGACGCCCAUGAUUCCAGCGAGCUGUCUCUAUUGGCUGAUGAGCUCAUCACCGUCUACACCGUGCCCGGCAUGGACCCCGAUUGGCUGGUUGGAGAACGAGGCAACGAAAAGGGAAAAGUCCCCGUCACCUACCUGGAGCUGCUGAGCUAAUGGACAUGACAAACACGGUUUCUACUGUCACUCUGUGUAAUAAUACAGCGCACUUAUUUCAUGACUAAACAUGAAGUGGUUCGUUCAAACUUUCUAUGAAUACAAAUAACAUCGUUCCCUGAAGCAAUAGUUUGGGUUCACUGGGAAUUGUAACUGGCUGAUUUCGUGUUUUAGAAAGCCCGCGUUGCUUUCAUAAUUAUUUCAUUUUGGGAAAAAAUGUUUGAAUGUUACUAAAUGGUCAUUUGUGUGUUCAAAUGUCUUGCUUUUAAUCUAUGGGUAAAUGCAUCAAAAAAAAAAAAAGUAAAUGGAAAUAGAUGACUAUCCUGCUCAUUCAAAACAACAACACUGAUUGAAUUUCUAUAUCCUUAAAAGAAAGUAUAGUUGAUCUAACCUUUUAGUAAUCCCUAUACCUAUGAACAGGAUUCUGGUCACAGAGGCAAGUUGAGACUGGAAAAUGAAUUGAGCAGCACUAUCAACGUUCCUUUUGAAAUGGGCAGAACCUUGUUAACCUUGUGACGAUCACUUAUUGUGACUUGCGAUGGGCCUAUGUGCAAAAUUGAUAACGUCGUAGAACUGACCUGUGGAAAUGUAUUAUGUAAAGUUGAGGAAGAGUAACUGUGCUCAAAGAAAUGGUAUAUUACAUGAAAUGGUUUUACAUAACAUGACUUCCUCAUAUGUCAGUAUGCAUGGAUAGUUGUCGUGUAUGUGACAUUGCAAAAAGCAGACAGCAUACGUGUAUGCUGUUUCAAUUGGAAUGUGGUAUGUCAAAUCCCUAAAGCGAUAUUGCACUUGUUGACCCAUUUUUGUCUGGCUUGGAGCGCAAUAAACUUGCAUGUGUGGAACAGCAAGCAGCAUUGUGCC